AUCUCCACAUCGGCUUACUAAAUCACUGGAACAACCAGUCCGCAAGUCAGUACCAAUAUUGCCGCGCCGCGCACAGCACGCGUCAAACAAAAUGUCCGCCACAGUCGAAACUAGUUGGAAACAGAAGGUGGUCGACUCGAUAGAGAUCCCGAUCCUCACAAGAUGCUGUUUUUGUUUUCCACUACGGAAAGGACUGAUCGCCUUCGCAUAUGGAAAUCUGAUCCUGACACUAGUAGUGACAGGUUUCCUGUCAUUCUACAUCUCGUACCUAAGGAAUGAAGGCAUCACAGACCCGUCAGAGUUUCCCCGUCUCAUAGCAGACACUACAGCGUUGGUGAUGGAGACCGUCAUGACUGUGGCGUUCAUCGUUGCGUUACAUAAGAAACACGUGGUGCUAAUGAAGGUGUACCUGUACUUCGAGAUCGUGUUCUCCAUCAUCGGCUUCGCGUACAGCCUGGCAUUCAUGACCAAGGAGACGGCCAGUGAACUGUUCCUCAUACUUUUCCAACUCAUGCUCCAGAUUUACCUAGUAAUCCUAAUUUGGAGCUCAAUCGUCAAGAUGGAGCGAGACGGCACCGUCAAAUACACGAGAGAAAGAGAUCCCGUCUAACCUGCGUCGGUCUUGGUUUUCGACAUCCUGCAUCUCUUUCCUUCCCCGUGAUAAAGAAAAGGAUGAUAAACACGAAGACUUUCAUACAUUGACUCGGCAUUUUCUAUCGCACGUUCAUAAUUCUAUUGCUGUCCCACCGAUAAUCCCGGCGGUCAAUGCCAUUGUGCAAGCGGAAUAGCAAUAGAUAUAAUCAUGAGGGUGCGAUAGAGAUAGGUAAUGGCGGGAAUUGUGAGAAAUUCUUCGUGCUUAAAGUCCUUACUUUAAUGAAAAAGGUGCGUGUAUUAGAAGUCAAAUAAGUAGUUAUUAGCUAUAUUGGUUUUUCUUGGCGUAUUGCGUCUCAUUACUUUAAUAUAUCAAAGAAGGACAAAAAGAGAGUAUCUACUGGAAGCGAACAGAACGAAAGAGCGUUUUCACAUUGUCUGAUCCGAUGAC